CUGUUAAAUAAUUGUUUUUUUUUUUCCCGUCUUUUGUCGAAGAGAGUACGUGAAAAUCUUACUACCAUUAAAACCACAUCGCAUCUUCUUCGCCCUCAUUAAAACCACAUCCCCCCCAAAAUUUUGGUUAGGAUUUGAUUCGAUUAGAGGUGUGUGAAAGAAAAUGGCGGAAGAGUAUACGGAGUGUUUGCUAGAGAAUAAGUUCCAUGAGGAUUGUCCUGGCUGCAAAGUUGAUCAGAUGAAGAGGCUUCGUCGGGGAUUCCCCUUAUGGGAGCUUUUUACGGUUUGGAUCAUCGUUCUUUGCACUGCUCUGCCCAUUUCUUCUCUUUUCCCAUUCCUUUACUUUAUGAUUGAUGAUUUUAACAUUGCAAAGAAGGAAGAGGACAUUGGUUUCUAUGCUGGAUUUGUCGGUUGCUCUUUCAUGCUCGGACGAGCGUUUACAUCUGUGAUCUGGGGACUUGUGGCUGAUCGCUAUGGUAGAAAACCCGUAAUCCUCAUUGGAACAGCUUCAGUGGUCGUUUUCAAUACUCUGUUUGGCCUAAGUUUAAAUUUCUGGAUGGCCAUCAUCACAAGAUUUUGCCUCGGUAGUUUCAACGGUUUACUUGGCCCUAUCAAGGCUUACGCAAUGGAAAUAUUCCGUGAUGAGUAUCAAGGUUUAGCACUCUCAGCAGUUAGUACAGCAUGGGGAAUUGGACUCAUCAUUGGCCCUGCUAUUGGAGGUUUUCUUGCUCAGCCUGCAACGCAAUAUCCAAGUUUAUUCUCACAGGACUCGAUUUUUGGCAAAUUUCCCUUCUUCUUGCCGUGCUUUGCAAUAUCCGUUUUUGCAUUCUUGGUGACUAUCAUAUCAUUAUGGAUUCCGGAAACAUUGCACAAUCACAAGUAUGUUGAUGAUGAUGACUCUUUUGAUGCUCUCAAAUAUCUGUCUCAUGACCCUGAAUCUAACAAAGUGGUAGAGAGAAAUGAAAAAAGUUCUCUCUUGAACAACUGGCCGCUAAUUUCAUCUAUUAUCGUCUAUUGCGUCUUUUCACUACAUGAUAUGGCUUACACAGAGAUCUUUUCAUUGUGGGCAAACAGCCCGAGGAAAUAUGGAGGUUUGGGAUACUCCACUGCAGAUGUUGGUUCUGUUCUUGCAAUUUCAGGCUUUGGUCUCCUUAUCUUUCAGCUUUCGCUCUAUUCUUACGCGGAGAGGCUUUUAGGACCCAUCAUAGUUACACGUAUAUCUGGGAUCCUGGCAAUGGUCAUCUUAUCAUGUUACCCCCUAAUAGCAAAGUUAUCUGGUUUAGCCCUUACCCUGGCGGUAAAUUCUGCAUCGGUAGCAAAGAACGUUUUAAGUACUUCUGCUAUAACUGGAUUAUUCAUCCUUCAAAACAAUGCUGUGAGACAAGACCAAAGAGGAGCAGCUAAUGGGAUUGCCAUGACAGCGAUGUCUCUUUUUAAAGCAAUAGGCCCAGCAGCAGCAGGAAUCAUUUUUUCUUGGAGCGAGAAACGUCAAGAUGCUGCUUUCUUCCCUGGCACCCAAAUGGUAUUCUUUAUCCUGAAUGUGGUCUUGGCACUUGGAGUUCUAAUGACAUUCAAACCGUUUCUAGCUGAAACACAACAGUAGAAAAUGUUGAAGAUUUUGAUGGUAUUCAAAUUACAUCAUCGGAUUAUUGUAUUUUAUUAUAGAUAGAAUUUGUCUGAUGCAAAGUUAGAUUAGAAAUGUGUUUAAAAUGUGUCCAGGGGAAAAAAAACACUUGUUGUCAUCAUCCUCAUUCCUCUAUAUGUUAUUUGAACAUUUUUGAACAAGUUGUUCACAAAAUUCUUUGUGUAAUGUGUCAGAAGUCAGAACCAUUGUAUUGUAAGAAGGAUUUAAUAAUGUUUUUGUACAUGA